CGCAGUUCGUCCGCUGAGUGAAAUGAGUGCCACCGCCUGGAAGCCAGAACCCUCCUCCGAGGAUAAUGAUGAUGACCACAAGGAGUCGAAGAAGAAGCAGAAGAAGGACGAGGCGAGUGGAUGGGCCUCGACCAGGCGAUACGCCAGAAUCCCCCUCAAAAUAAUGGCUGCUCUGGCCACUGUUUAUGUGAGCAUUCUGUCCUCGGAGCGGUACUUCUACUACUGGGUGCAGACCUCCAUCGAAAGGACCGACAUGCAUGUGUCAGAGAUCGAUUUCCCAGCCGUCACCAUUAUCCCGAUCCAUUUGAGCAGCCUGAAUGCCGAGAAGCUCUCCAAGGCCUAUAACUUGGUUCAGUCCGUGGUCUGGCAAACACCGAUGUCCGCUCGCCUCACGGAUGAGAACUUCACGGAGUUCUCCGAACUGGACAACUGGAACAUGCAGAGCUGGGGAAUCUACCAGGCGCUGCAGAUGAACUGCCAGCACUUCUUCACCGAGUGCCAGUGGCGUCGCAAGGCGAUGAACUGCUGCGACCUAUUCCGACCCACCAAAACCUUCAAUGGCUUCGCCUUCGAGUUCAACUCACUGGUCUCCUCGGGAAGAGAUGAAACGUGGCCCUGGUCCGUGGCCGCAUGCGGAUCAUACAGCGGGCUGAAUGUGAAGAUCAAACGGUAUCAGGGUCUGUAUACGUUGAAUACAAUGGGGGUGAUAGUGCACGAACCCACCCAGUUGCUGGGCAUGAGCAUUGACUAUUCCUCGGAGGAUCGCAUCGUGGUUCCGGUGGAACCACUUCGUUUCACUGCCGAACUGGAUGUCCGGGCACGUCCCGUUCAAAUGCGUCGUUGUUACUUUGAGAAUGAGAUCCCAGAGGGAAAAUCCCGUUCGGAGUGCAUCUACAAGUGCCACUUUAACUACAUCAUCAGCAAGUGCAACUGCUCCUUGGAACUGCCUGUGAAGGCCACUCAAGAUGAGGACAACACUGCGGAUGCAAAGGAAAGCAACGGACGUAGAAUUUGCGGGAUGAAGGAUCUGGCCUGCUUCAAUCAGCACCGACUUUCCCUCUUUUCCAUGAGCAACAUCAUCGAAGAGUCCCGUGAUAACGUGUUCUCCACCGUGGAUUGCGGUUGCUUUCCUCAGUGCGGUCACACCCAGUACCACACGUCGACCUACACGGAGAAGCUGAGCACCCACACCACCCACGCCGCAGAGAUCGAGAUAGAUGUGUACUUCCAGGAGGAGACCCUCUUCUCCUACCGCUCCAUGCUCCGCUUCACGCUGAUCGACUUGAUGGUUUCCUAUGGAGGAAUAGCCGGCUUGAUCAUGGGCAUAUCCGUGCUAGGCUGCAUCAACAGCUUCUUGGAUCGCUUUGCCUGUUGUCGCGUACCCGAUGGCUCCUAGACCCAAGCUGGCACCAUGAAGUACCAGCCAUCGGCAGCUGGGUUCUCACGUUCCCACACUUACCUGUAAUCGAAGCACACACAAAUGCACCACUCACCUGGUUUCUUGGGAUGUGCACAUAAACAAAUCCAGAAAACAAAACGCAUUCGGAGACCUACCUGCACGGCAGUGGAAAAUUUUCAGGUGCAGCUCCAACCAGACAUAACAAAACUGUAGGCUUUCUUCACGUGCACUCAGAAAAACAAAUUGAAUAAGAAUGUUCUUUUUAAAUCCCCAAAUCCAUUUUCAAUCUAGAAGUAUGUUUUU